CUGCAUCGAGCAAAAAUGCCAAAACAGGCACUCACCGUUUAGUUGAUAACUUCUAAAGUUUUAGUUCAAUAAACAUAAAAAAAAUACAUUUACCAUCACAAUGAAUAUGUUAAGAAUUAGUCCGUGGAAAAAACUAAAAAAUAUCAAUAUAUAAGCCUACAUAAUUACGUAAAGUUGGUCGAAAACUGCCAAAACGUAUGCUGCCGUUAAGGGCUUUUUUAUUUGAUAAAAGUUGAAAACUAACAAUAUUUUCAAUUGACACAAUACCUUAAUGUCUAAUGUACAGUUUGUCCGUUUUAAAUAUUUAAAUUAUUGUCCGAUUAUUUAAAUACGUAUUUAUCAAAUAGUGUAUAAAAAUCUCCAUACAUUUUACUAUGGCGGCCGCGCGUCGAUUUAAAUAUACAGCGCGCGGGCUCAGCGCUUCAGUCGGCCACAAGAGUUCAGAGUGAUCUCACGUCACUUUUUUACCGAAAAAUAUUCCCGUCGCACGCCGGCCUAACGCCCCGUCGUCUAGUGAACGCCACGGUAAAACGAGGUAAGUAUUCUUUUGGAAUUUUUCAAGUCUAAUCAAGUAUGAAUUAUUUUACUUUAUUGUCUUAAUAUUUUUUUUUUUAUUUCAGUAAAAUGGGGAAACGUAAACAAAAAUAUUAUAAAUUAGUCAGCAAAUCGAAAUUCAAGAAAAAAGAGACUAUAAUUAAGUAUGUAUAAAUUUUUAUGUUUUUUGUGUGUGUAAGUGGCUAACACUGGUGUUAGAUUUUUAAUGCUGCCAUUGCUCUCUCUUUGGGCAGUAUGCAUAAUGCCCAAAUUAUCAUUUGGUCGAUAACAUAAUAUAUAUCAGCAUCAAAUAUUGUCACAAAAAUGACAUUUUUGUUUUUCUCAGAUUUCUAGACUAGUGCAAGAACUUCAUGAUUUGGUCCAUUAUUUAUUGAUUUCACAUGCCCCAAACUCUUUUCAGGCACCAGGUUAUUUUGAUUGAUUCAGCCUGCAUGAUGGUUCUUCUUUCAAGUGACUGACGAUUUUCUUCACAAAAAGUUAUGCUUUUUAAGUGCUCUGUUUUGGAAAAUUUAAAAUCUGCAUCGCUUAGGUCAGGUUUUUGACAAUCCUCGCCAUUAUUUUCAUUGCUGGUACAAUAUUUUCUUCUGCCGCUUCAUUUUCAGUAAGUUUCUUGCAAAUAAUACGGUUUGCAUGAAGCAUGACGACAUUAUCAACCAUCAUCGUCAAGUAUUGUCCUAAAAAAUUUUUUUGUAUUUGUCAGGUUUUUGAAUACUCGUUGUACCCUAUUACAUACAACUAUGAUAAUAAUAAAUGUCUAACUUACAAUUUUUAUAUUUUAUGAAUAGAAACAAAGCAGGCAACGAAGAUGGUGAAGCGCCAAACAGUUUAGGCUUGAACAUAUCAGACAUUGAUAAACAGGAAUCACUAGAAGAUACAUCUGAUACUAAACUUAUUAUAGAAAAGGAAAAUGAAGAGCAAGAGGAAAUUGUAAUAACUGGAAAUAGAAUUAUAGAUUUUGCGUACAUUUUUCAACAACUACAACAAAUUUCUAAUCAUAGCACGGCAUUUGGUUGUAAUUUAAAUUGCUUAAAACUUAAGAAAGAAGUAAAAAAAGGGUUUCGUUCAAUAUUUCAUUUUAAAUGUCAAAUGUGUAAUGAGUCAUUCAAAUUAAAAAAUUGUCCUGAUUCUGAUAACAACAUGGAUCUCGACCUAAACGAUAAUGUUGUAAGCAGUUUUAUGUCUAUAGGUGCGGGGUUUUCAGGAUUGGAACUUGUUUCAGCCAGUCUCAACAUACCAUGUAUGUCUGAUAAAUUAUAUGCAAAGUGCCAUACCAAGGUCUGCGAAUUAUGGGAACUAGCGAAAGAAAAAAGCAUGGCAGAUGCAGCUAAAGAAGAGUAUGAUUUAGCUAUAAUUAAUGGAGAAGUUGAUUCAAAUGGAAUACCAAUGAUAACAGUGGUUGCAGAUGCUUGCUGGUCAAAAAGAUCAUACAGAAAAAACUUUAAUGCAUUGUCAGGUGCCGCUGUAAUAAUAGGGUAUAAGACGAAAAAAGUUUUGUAUAUGGCGGUGAAAAAUAAAUAUUGCAUGGUUUGUGCUCGAGCGGAAAAUAAAAAAGAGGCAACACCAGAGCACAUUUGUUUUAAAAAUUAUACGGGUUCCUCGAGCGGUAUGGAAGCAACAGCCUUGGUUGAAGGAUUUAAAACUUCCGUAGAAACGCACAAAUUGAUAUACUCUAGACUUAUAGCUGAUGGGGAUUCAAGUACACAUAGCAACAUUUUAAGAGCUAAACCUUAUGGAAAUUUGUUAGUGGAAAAGAUUGAGUGCACCAAUCAUCUAUUAAGGAAUUACUGUACGAAGUUGGACGAGCUGACCAGGAAUACAAACUACCCAAUAAAGUAUCGAAGAGCUGUACAAAACAAUAUAUUGCGUUUGAGGCGGUGUGUUAAUGGAGCAGUAAAACAUAUAGGUGCUAAAAAUAUAACUUUUGAGGAAAAAGUUCUUGAACUAAAAAAUGAUUUGUUGAAUGCGCCGCAUCAUGUCUUUGGUAACCAUGCUUCAUGCAAACCGUAUUAUUGCAAGAAACUUAUCGAAGAUGAAGCGCCAGAAGAAAAUGUUGUGCUAGCAAUGAAAAGUAAAGACGGUGGUUUUAUUUUUUCAGCCAUAACAAAAAUCCUUUCUAGGUUGGUGAAUAAUGCAAAAAGUCUAAUACACUGUGUGAAUAGCAAUAUAGCAGAGGUUUUCAAUAGUAUUAUUGCUAAGUUUAUUGGAGGAAAACGCAUUAAUUAUUCGGGCAGACAGUCAUAUUCUGGAAGAUGUGCAGCAUCAGUUGUUUCCUUUAAUUCAAAGCAACCACAAACUUACAUCAAUAAAAAUAUAUUUUUGCGAAGUCCAAAUAAAUUAAUUAAACGUCUUGAAAUGCAAAGGAAUUUGAAGAGAAUGUCUUCCGUAAAACGGAUAAUUUUUAAAUGUCGCAAAUCUAACCAAAAUCGCAAAAAGUCUAAUAAUCGAAAUAAUGACGAAAACUAUGGCGAGGCUUGUCAAAAACCUGACUUAAGUGAGGCUGAUUUUGAUUUUGCCAAAACAGAGCACUUAAAAACCAUGACUUUAAGUGAAGAAGACCGUCAGGCACUAGAAAGAAGAACUAUCUUGCAGGCUGAAUCUAUGGAAUGGCGCCAAGAAAGGAAACUACGUCUUACGGCUUCUGUGUUUGGCAAAGUGUGCAAACGAGGACUUAUUAAAUGUGGACCUUUAGUUAAAAAUCUGGUGACUGAAAAGAAUUUGGAGCAUGUCAAAUCAAUUAGUUAUGGACAAAGUCAUGAAGCUCUUGCACGCGAACAACUAGAAUGUCAUCUAAAGAAGCCUAUUAGAUCGUGUGGUCUAUUUAUUGACCAAAAUUUGCCAUUCUUAGGUGCAAGCCCAGAUGGACUUGUGGAAGACGAUAAAAUUGUGGAAAUAAAAUGUCCAUAUGCGGCUCGGGAUCUAAGUGUCGACGAUGCUAUUAAAACGAAAAAAAUUCUUUUUUGGAAAAUCAGUAAAGACGGAAAUACUGUUUUAAAUAAAAGACAUGAUUGGUUUUUCCAAGCGCAGGGACAAAUUCACAUUGCACAACGAAAAACAUGCAUAUUUGCUGUUUGGACAAAUGUAGAUAUGAAGAUAGAAAUGAUAGAAGAAGAUUUACUUUUUUGGAAUGAUAUGGAAGAAAAAUUAAUAAAGUUUUAUUUUAGUUGCCUCCUUCCAGAACUAAUUGAUUCAAGAUUAGAUAGACAGAUGGAAAUUAAAGAACCGAAACAUAUUCUGGAAGCAAUUGAAAAUAGAAACACUAAAGAAGUUAAGCGGAAACUAGAUGAAACAACCAGAGAAACAAAACGGAAACGAAAAAAAUAAGAUAAGCGAGUACCCAAUGAAACUAAUUCAAAAUAAGUUUGCCUUACCUGAUUACUUAAUUUUACUUGAGAGACGGUACCCUCCUUUUUUUAGAAAAUUAAUUGUUUGUUUGUUAGUUAUGCGUCACUUUCCUAGACGGACUUCACCUUAAGCUUUAACUCCAAAUCCGCUGACCCGCUUUUCAUGAAAUUUGGUAAAAAGAUAGACACUAAUGCUUGAGAAAGGACGCGAAUAAAAACCUCUUUUGUGUAUAAGUCGGUUAAUUAAAUGAACGCAUAAGAUUUUAAAACCUUAACUUUUGUUAUAAAAUUUAAUUCAGUUUUUUAAUUUGCUAAUUGCAAUAUAAUAAUAAAUAAAUAAAGAUAAAUAGGGAUAAAUCACACAGAUUGAGUUGUCUGAAAGUAAGUUUAAAACUUGUUUAUGGAAUACUAACUCAAGGAUACUAUAUUUUAUAACAUAAAUAUAUAUAUAUAUAUAUAACAUUCAUUUAAAUCUCAUAUAAUUAUAUUAAUCUGAACAAUGUAUUCUCUCGUCCACAUCCUAUUCUAAGUUUAAUUGAUAUUGUGAAGUUGACGUUGUUGAAGAAAAUGCUGCAGUGCAGUUUGUUACCGCUUCUUCUGCACUUACGCCUUGGAAGCGGCAGUAAACUUAGUUUUAAGUAAUUUAUUUGACGUCAACCAAUGUUGUUAAACCAUACGUUUUGACAAUUAUUAAGCGAUACGAAGUAUCCUAUAAUAAUGAAUAAAAAUUUUGAAUUUGUAUUUAAGACCCAGGCCAAUCUGAAAAAAGAUAAUUUUCUAUGUUGACCUGACCAGGGUUCAAAUAAGUUCAAACCCGUAUUUGUAAUAGAAGUAUACUUAUGUCAACUGUACUUCUUUCGGUGUAAUGAAACUAGGUAGGUUUAAAAUAAAAUAAUAUUAUACACUAGUAUUGUGUUUUAUUUACGACUUUAAUUAUUUUUAAAAUAAUGACUUAUGCUAUUUUCCCUUCGGUCGUUCCGAUCCAAGCACACGGACACUCGCUGAUGUGUGCGUUACGCACACUACUAGAUAAAUACCUAAACAGAGUCCCUGUGAUAUGCUCGGUGCAGUCUUA